UCCCGCCCGGCGCGGAUCCCGCGGCGCUCCCGCUCGGGGCCGGUUACUGCCGGUGACCCGAGCGCCGCCCCGGUGCUGCCCGUGAGUGCGGCGGCUGCCGCCAAGGCACCGACUGCCAGUCCCGCCCCGGUGUCUGUCGCCGCGCGGCGCGGAGUGGCGGCCGGCACAUGGCGCGCUGCAGCGGCGGCGCAGCGCCGAAGGGCCCCGGCCCGGCGGCGGCGGAGCGGCAGCGGCUGAAGGAGGCGCUGGGCGAGCAGCUCCGGCAGGACCUGGACAGGCUGCUGGCGGAGGGGACCCACUCCGACGUGACCUUCCAAGUCGGCGGCGAGGAGGUGCGGGGGCACCGGGCCGUGCUGCUGGCGCGGGCGCCGCUGCUCUGCGAACGUCUGGCGGGGGGCCAGCUGCAGCUGCCCGGCCUGGGAGCCGCGGCGUUACGGGAUUUCCUGCGGAUUCUAUAUACAUCUGAUAUAAAUCUAAAAGAAAUUGAGGACCUGUUUAUGAGGCUAAUACAAGAAAGGAACCCUACUACUCUUCACAAUGCUCAAAAAAAUGUAAAUUGUCUUGGACAAAGCAAAAGAACACCAGUUGAUCAGAAUACUCCAAGUGGAGCUGUGCAGAAAGGAGAUGUUUGUUUGUCUGGUAUUGAAGAAAUUCCAGAAGCAGUCACUGAUGCAGAAAGCAACCAAGCCACUGCAGGUAAUUCCAAAGUAGAAACCGCGUCUGUGUUAGGAGAAGACUUAUUGAUGCUCUACAGGAAGUGCUGUUGUCCAGAUAUUAAUAUUUAUGUCGAAGGCAAAGAUUUUCAAGCUCACAGGGCCAUUUUAUGUGCCAGAUCUAGUUACUUUGCUGCUAUGCUGAGUGGAAGUUGGGCUGAGAGCUCUCAAGAGCACAUCACUCUUCAAGGCAUAAGCCAUGCAGAAAUGAAUGUUGUCUUGCAUUUUAUAUAUGGAGCUAUUCUCGACUUCCCAGACGAAGUUGAUGUUGGUCACAUGUUGGGCAUUGCAGACAUGUAUGGGCUGGAUGGACUAAAACAAGUAGCUAUCUACGUUUUGAAAAGAGAUUACUGCAAUUUUUUCCAAAAGCCUGUUCCUGGCAAACAGCAACCUGUACUAGAAUGCAUGGCUAUUGCUCAUUCAUUGGGAGUGGAAAACCUAUAUGCUGCUUGCAUGAAAUGGGUAGGAAAACAUUUUGCAAGAUGUUUUUCAGAGAAAAGCUUUGCCAAUUUACCUACUGAACUUCAGAACAAUUGUCUUGUUAUGUUGAUUAACUCUUUGAACCACAAGAAUGCUGCUUCCCGGCUGAUGGAGAGUGACCGGCUGCUCAACAGCCUGCCCCGAGUGAAAUGGACAGAGACCGCUGUGGCCUUGGCAUCACGGCUGCACGAGCAAUGUGUGACCUUUAUUGUUGCAAACUUCCUACACGUAGUGCAAAGUGAAGGCUUCUCUGUUUUGUUGCAGGCACAGGCAAUGAGCAGCAAACCUGACCUCCUAGAACAAAUUUUCAAUGCAAUUGAAAAAGGCAUUAAUAAUGAAAAUAGCUGCUUUCUUCUUGUAGCAGUGGAUAUGUUGUUGGACUCUGCAAAUGCGAAGGAGAUGGGUUUUACGUGCAAGAUCCAGGCGCUGCGUGAUAAGCUCUGGGUCUUCCUGGUUCAGUCUUUUUAUGCUGUUCGUCACACAGAAGGCUGGAAGCUGAUGAGGCCAGACCAUCAAGAGAAAAUACAAGCAGCUGCAUUUGACAAGGGUGAUGACCGAAGACUUGGCAAAAAACCUGUGUUCACCAGUUCUCAGCUAAAUAAAACUACUACUGCAUCUGUUGGUACAAGGAAUACUUCCUGGGCAGAACACGGCAAGAAAGAUUGCUGUGCAGAUUCUUCCACUAAUCAGGAUAAAAUGAAAUCUGAUGGAUUAGGAGCAUCUGGACAUGCAUCCACCAAUAGAAACACUGUUAAUAAGACUUCAAAGCAUGAGGAUGUGAAGGGGAAAGAUGGCAAAAAAUUAGUUUCCAAGAUUACUAAGGAUUCCAAACCUGGGGAAAAAGCCGCUUUGCCAAAGGCUAGAGCUGUUGUAAAGACAAAAAUAGAAAAUAAUGGAAAUGUGAAGGCUGAAAGCAUGCUUACCAAGCAAGAUAUAGAAAAGACAUCAUCUGCAAGUGGACAAAAAAAUUCAGGAAGCAGCAAAGGUCUGAGGAACCAUGAAGGAAAAGUUGCAGGUGCCAGACCUAAAGUGCUGACAGUAACCUCAAGCAUGCAGAACAAAACAAAACCAUUGAAAAAAACCACAGGGAAGGAAUCUCCCUCCUUGGUGACUGUGGCAGCAACUUCCAGCAAGUCAGCAAAUUCAAACACAGAUGUGCAGACUGCGGGUGAACAGACCGAGGAGCCCAAAGAGGAUAAAUCCGUAGAGGAAGGGAAAAAACAGACUGUAGUGAAAACAAAAGUAUCUGUGAAGGUAUCAAAUGGAGUCACCACCAAAAAAAAAAAGACCGAGCUUGAGGCCAAUGCCACAACAAGCAGUCUGACAAAAAAACCAACAGGAAAGGGGUGUAAUGAGCAAAAUGUACAAGCUGUUCCAAAGAAAAAAGGGAAUGUGAGUAUGAAUUCUACACCACAGCAAAAGACUCAAAACACACCUACCAAUUCUCCCAAGAACCAAGGACCUCAGGGGGAAUCACCAAAUUCACUGAAAUCAGGAAUGUCUCCAAAACAUAAUGAAGAAAAAAAUGUGUUACAACACCUGGUUCAGACAACACUCCCAGAAAAACAUCCUUCAGCUAAGAAGAAGAGUAUUAAACAAUCACCAACACCUGUAACAAAAGCCACUUCAAAAAUAACACCUAAGACUCUGGCUCCAUCAAAGAAUGCUGAGAUUGCAAACAGUAAAGACCCAAAACAGAAAACAGCUGUAUUAAAAUCUCAGUCCUCUGCCCAAAAGCAUUCAAGGAGUGAUUCUCCUGUUGUCCAGAAGAAUAUGCACACCUCUGAGCACAGAGGUUCAGGACAGAAACUUGAGAAAAACACAGCUGAUGCUGUGGCAGGUCAGCUUCAUGACAAUAAUGAAUGUUAUUCUGCAAAUGAAUCUUUAACACCUGCCACAGAAAGCAGCAGUGACAAUAAAUUGCUGGAGUCCUGUCAAUCCAAUAAACAAAAAUUACCAGAUACGUCUGCAACUGUGCAAUACGAAAUACAAUCCAAAUCUUCUUCUCCUCAAAUUGCAGAAGAAACUAUUUAUAAACUGAAUGCUUCAAUACAAAAUGACAUGGAAACAAGACAAAUCUGUGGAGAUCAGACUGGAAUUAGAAAGACUGAAGAUCCAGAGAAAGAUGAUAAUACAGCUGAAUUUCACUGUCGUGCACAGUCUUCCAGUGAUGGAUAUUCAGACUUUUCCAAGGAAACCAAUCAAAAGGCCAUUGUUUUAGGAGAACUGGUGAAAGAUUCAAAAGCAGAAAAAGUCUGUAAUGAACAGAGUGACAAAAUAAACUCUGAAACAGGUCAUAACUAUCGUGAAAGUGCUUUAUCAAGUUUUUCCCAAGUAACCAAUAAAGAGGAUGAGACAUCAUCUUCUCAGAUCCAUGUGGAAGGAUUUCUUACAGUUGAUGAACUGUGUGAUACAUCAGCCUUGACUGAAUAUAAAUCAGUUACAACAGAUUUAGACGAUGUUUCAGAAUGUUCCACAGAACAAAUAACAGAAAAAUAUUCACCUAAUUACACAGAGCUUAUAGAGCCUAUGGAAAUGCCAGAAAACCAUGAAAAUGCAGAAAUUCCCUUUGUGGACCAUUGGAGUACUGGUGCUGUAGAUCCAAAAGAGAGCCCUGAAUCAGAUACUGGCAGUGCAACCACAUCCUCUGAUGAUAUAAAACCAAGAUCUGAAGAUUAUGAUGCUGGAGGCUCUCAGGAUGAUGAGGGAUCCAAUGAAAGAGGGAUUUCUAAAUGCAGUACUAUGUUAUGUCACGACUUUCUUGGAAGAAGCAGCAGUGACACAAGUACACCUGAGGAAUUAAAAAUUUAUGAUAGCAGCCUAAGAAUAGAAGUGAAAAUGAAAAAAGAGGGUUCUGAUCUCUUUCGUGUUAAUUCAACAAGUGAUGAUGAAAUACCAAGAAAAAUCUGGUCCCAUCAAGAGAGUUCACGGACCACAACUAGAGAAAGCAAAAGUUCUACCUUUGGUAAUACACAGUUUACUCAGGAAGCAGACCAAGUUUCUUCUUCUGCCGAUGAAACAGAAGAUGACAGAUCUGAAGCAGAGAACGUUGCAGAAAACUUUCCCCCACCAAAUGUUCCUACUCAACAGUUCCAGGGAAUUGAUAAUUUAGCUUUUGAGGAUGCAACAGAAAAUGAUACUGCAAGUCAGGAGUUUUCUAAAACUAAAAAUUUCAAACGAUCUGUUUUACUUUCAGUAGAUGAAUGUGAAGAAUUGGGAGCUGAUGAUAAAGUGGAAACUCACACUUCACGUCAGCACUCAAUAGAUUCUCUUACUCCAGAAGUAUUUGACAGUGUUUCUCAAGAGCACCAUGGAACGACAUUUUAUUCAAGAUACUCAUUGGAAACUGAAGAGGGAUUCCUGGAUGGCAAACAGCAAAAGGAUAGAGACAAUAGACUGGAUAAAAGUGGAAGUUCUGUCCUGCAUCUUCAUGGUACUGAAAUCCCAGGAAAGGAGAAUCAAGGUGCUUCAACGACUGAACAAAACUGCCCAGAGAAAGUAUAUUCAGCAGCUAGUCCACAUCCAGGAGAAAACCAGCAAGUCAAUAUGAAGAAUGAGGUGGCUAGUGAAUUUCACCAGUGCAAUAAGUACUUAGACAAUGAUGCAAAAUCUCAAGAAAGACCAUGUCAUCUGGAUCUUCAGCAGAGAGAAACUAAUUCUGAUGUGCAAAAGAGCAGCUCUGCAAAACCUGUAGAAGCCAGUAAGAAUCAGAUGCUGACUCAGGAAAGUCAAGUGAGAGAGAGUCAACCAGCAACUACUGAAUGCGCUAAUACUGAUUUACUUCCAGGAGACAUAGAUGAUUAUGACACAAUGGCACAAACCUGCAUGUAUGAACAUCGGCCUUCAAAAACCCUUUCUCCAAUAUAUGAGAUGGAUGUUGGAGAAGCAAUUGAGCAGAGGAUGGAUUCAGAAACAGCAGUUCUAGACAUGGAUUUUGAAGAUCAACAGUUUGCAGAACAGGACUGGACUCUACUCAGGCAAUUGCUAUCUGAGCAGGACUCAAAUAUAGAUUUCAAAAACUCUGUUCCUGAAGACCUUAACUUAGCACAAUGUCUUAUCAACCAGACACUGUUUCUGGCACGAGAUGGUUCGAAUCCUCAGGGUACCUCACAAGUUGACACGUUCAGCAGGUGGACUGAGCUCAUGUCUCCGCUUGACGACUCCUCAGCGAGCAUUACAGUGGCAAGCUUUUCAUCUGAAGACUGCUCGUCCCCUCAAGGGGAAUGGACAAUUCUUGAACUGGAAACCCAUCAUUAAGGUUUCAGCUGUUUGCAACUGAACUGCAACCCAUUCCCCAAAUCUAUUUUUGCUGAGUUGUUUCCAUACCAUAAUGAAAUACUGCAUCAGUCAAGAACGAGCAAUUCUUGAUAUGAGGCAAUCUUUCUGAUAAAAUGAGGUAAAUAUGUUAACUUAUCAUCUAGAUUUAAUCACAAGUACAAUAAUUUUUCAAGACUUAAAUGUAUGUCUUUUCUAAAAAUGAACUUGAGCAUGUAUUUUCUAGAAUUGUUAGAAAAACUAGAUAACAUGAAAGAAAAAUCUGGGUUUCUGCCCUCCCUUUUAUCUUCUUUUUUGACAUUUAAUGUUCUCAUUGAUCAAAAAUUUAAAGAUGAAUGCACUACAGCAGACCUAUUCCUCUCCUUCCCCCCGACCCCAUGGUGACUUCAUUUUACAACAAUAAAGAUUCAGAAUGGAUGUGUCAAAAGGUGAUGUGUGCCAACACUACUUUAAAUGACAGAAAAGCAUACUUAUAUUCAAAGCAAAUGUUUCAAUCUGACUCUGCCUUGGGCCUUGUUAAUAUGAGCAGCUUGCUUAAUCUGUUUCUUCCAGAUUUGAUUUUUGUAUUUUGGUUUGUUUUGUUUAGAAGUUUCCAAUAAAUUUUUUUAAUUGCCUUUUCUUCAAAUAUAAGACUUCAAAGGGUCUGUGCUGUACAAAGACCACUGUUUCUUUCACGAAAAUGCACAUAUUUAAGUAAAUACUUUAAAUGGCAUAGUGCAUGAAUUCAAAGGAGUUGGUAGAAUGUUGCUCCUGCUCUAAGAAACAGCAUGUCUGAUAUCUCCAAAAGUAAAUCUGAAGCUGUGGUCAGUGUUAAUCUGAAGUCUGAUGUUAACUAGAAUUACCUUCAGGCAUUAAUUAAUUACACUUGCACGUUCUCAUGCUGAAGUAUAGCAAGAUUCUCAGGAAUUUGGUUUGUGUGUUUUCAUAGAUGCCACAUUUUUGGGAGUGGUAAUAGGAUUAUUGCAUCUUCAUUAUUAUCUCUAGUGUAGCUUUUAUAAAUUGAGACUAAAUGUCACAAUAACCUUUCUUUUGACUCAGAGUGAAAUAGGAUAUAAAGAUCAUUUUGCUGCUUUUGGCUCUUUGGGUGUGGAUAGGACUGAUUAUUGUCUUUUCUGAUUGACAGGGGAGGAAGGAGUGAGAAACUUUGUAAUUCUUACCUAGUCAGAACUCCUGAAACAUACAGGGGUUUUUUCCCUGCAAAGGUUGGACCCCCUCAGAUGUCUGCAUUAUGGAAACAGUAGUGCUUGUCUUUCACACAGCUUAAAAUCUAAAAAAGAAGUAUUCUACCUCCUCUUAGUCAUGAACAGAAGUGCCUUCAGAAGCGAGUGCCAUACAGGAGUAAAAGGCUAAGUAACAUUCUAUUUUAGUUGGAACUACAGGAGUACACAACUAAGCUGACUGUAACCACUGACAACAUGGUCAGUUCUGCAAGCUUUUGCACAAUUCCAGCAGUGCACCUUAACCUGACAAACUUCAUUUCUUUUUGUUCAUAGUCAGAAACUCAGUUUUAUGGAAAUAUGAACUUGCCUUAGUGUAUGAUUAAAGAGGUUAUGACUUUGGAUUUGACAGAAUAAAGAUCUUUGAGGCAAAAUCAUUUAUCUAGCAAGGAACUUCACUGAAUUUCUGAUACAUAAGUAAAAGUAAUGUUUUAUGCUCAAAAUGAAUGGAGGAAGAAAUUUAACUUGUUGUUUAAUAUCAAGGUAAGGGAAAGAAAGGAAAACCUUCCAUUCUGUCGGUGGAAGACUAAACUGAUGGAAGGAAGAUGUUCAGUCUCAUCAUAAAAAUAUUUAAUCUGCUCUUUUAGCAGGAGGAUAAAUAUUCUGAGAUACUGUAAUUCAAGAUAUUAUAGAUGUAAUGUUCUGUAUUUAACCCAGACUUCAUAUUGAGGGAGUUAGAACCACCUUUAGAAGUGCAGAACAUCAAGAAAACCUAUUUUCACCUUCAGUGUUUACAAGGUACAUCAGUAGGAGAUAAAUCUUUUGGAUAAAAUAGAGAACUGUAGUAUUGGCCAUAGGAAAAGAUGAAGCUCAAGGCAAGCUCUUACAGCAGGCCAAGGAAUAGUGGUUUUUAAUGUCUGUGAAAGUAAAAGUUGUCUACGAAAAAGUUUAAUCAGCUUUAAAAUCCUGGUGAUAUUCUGACAGUGGGCAUUCACAUGUUAAACAAGAUGAAGUGAUGGAAAGGAGAAGUGACAGAAAGUGAAAGAAGGGAUUCUUUUGUCUAUUUUUUGCUUUGCCCAUAUUUUUAACUUCUUACUGAAUUGAUAAAGUGACACUGAAAAUUGACACAAAAUUUCAAGUGUAUUGUAUGAAAUACAAUCACAUAUAGGGUUUUUUAAUGGUGGUUUUUGUCUUUGCAUUUACUUUUUCAGUUGUAUCAAAAUUAAAUUAGCUUCUCUCUUCAACUCUUCAAUGCUGUUGAUACAAUUCCUUUAACAGCUUUGCAGCAGAGCACUGAUUAGGAUAUUGUUCACUUGGUACAGAGGCAGCCAUAGAAUUCAGCUUCCCACAGCCAAACAGUGUCUGCAGAAGUAGCAGGAAUAGAAAGUGGUAUUGUUUUUAACUCGCGUUACUAGAGCGCCUGUGAGGCUUAAUCAGACCAGCAUCCCACUGGCUAGACAUUGUACAAACAAAGAGCAAAAACAAAGACUGCUCACAGAGUGGUCAGAAUCCAAGAGAAGACAAAACACAAAAAAAAAAAUGCACAUGAAUGGAAAAGUAAAAUGAGAGUGUCAAUAUUUGUCUAGCUGAUUAGCAAUGGUUUCAGCACAUCAUCAGUUUAAAUAGUCAUUUUUUUCUCCUGUAUGCAUUACGAAAAGGGGAAACUUUAGGGUGAGAUAUGAAGGCUGGAUAACAAUGGAGCUGGAAGAAUGUAUAAUCCUGACCAGCCUUAUGUGCUGCCUAAACUGUUUGACCCUGACCUCAUUCAGGGAAAUGUUCAAGCUUUAAGCCAGGUAUAGAUAGCUAUUUGUUUAAUAGUAUCAGUCAUCUGAGUUCUUUGGAAGCCUUCUCACACCUCCUGGCAGUGAUUCUAUCACUGUAUUUGCCUCUUCUCCAACACAGGAGAGAAUGGAUAAAAGUUUCUUUGAAAACUUGAUACAGAAACAAAGAUGGUGCCAUGGGCUCCAAAGUGAAUCGUGAUUAUGAGGUCCUGAAAGAGCUCUAAAGCAAAGACAAGUAGAUAGAUACGUAUGAUGAAACAGUGAAGGGGUGUCAGUGAGGAAACUAAAACAAUGGCACAGUCAGAAUACUGCCCUUGCAGUAGUAUUUGGGAUAAGAGCAGUGAAAUUGAUCUGUCAAAGCCUGAGAAGACCAGGUUGCAGUUAACAGGCACAAGUGACAGCUCACCUGAGACUGUCCUGUGAAUGGGCAAAGAUGGCUGUAUCCUACAGAGAGUAACACCACAUUUAGUAAACCAUCAGUGAAAUUUAAAGGAGAGGACAUGGCAAUCAGUCUCAGACAAUGACCCUGAUUUGGCCUACCUUGAAUGACAUGUUAUGAAAGUGAAAAAUAAGGAAAGAUGUUUUACAUUUGGAAAGUUAGAGUCUAACCUGGAGAAGCAGCUCUGCAGGGUUUUUACAUACAGAUAAUAGCUAAAAUUAUAUUUGUGGAGUAAGUUACCAACAGACACAUUGCAGACAGAUAAGGGAAGGCCAGACACUUGGAACCACACAGGAAAGGCAGGAGGGGGAAGUUCUUCCUAAUAAUCUGUUAAAAAAUAAAUUAGGGAAGUAAAGGAAAUGAAAAUAUGGAGGCAGGAGUCAAAUGAGGCUGAGAGGAUUUAAGGAAAACUGCACCACUGGCUUCACUGAACAUAGCCCACAAGGCAGAUGAGUAUAAAAUACCAGUUUGGAGGUUGAUUAGGAAGGUGUUCUCUAGGGGCCAUGGUGAAAAUGAAGAUUAGCUCACAGUCACAGGCAACAGACAGUACAGUCUGUUUGGUAGAGCCUGACAGAACUGCAGGAAAGAAACAGCCUAACCACUAAGAGACAAACAACAGUUAGAAAAGCAGAUCAGUUAAUAAUAUAUUUUAGGUUGGUUUUUCAGUGCAUGAGAUUAUACCAUGUUUAUGUAGUGUAGCAAAAGAAAUGCAGAGGCUGAGGCAUACAGUGAAGAUCAGAAGAGAUAAGUAAGCAUGAAAUGAGAUCAGCAGGCAGUCUGGACUGCUACAAGUGAUCAGAUAAGUGCAUAAAAAACUCAGACAUCUGCUUUUGUGGUAUAGGGGUAAUGGAAAGGACACUUCAUAAAUUCUUAAGUUUUUCCCCUUAGAAAAGCUUCCUCCAGAAUCAAAUAAUUACAAAAAAAACCACAGCAAUACAGGAAAAUGUAGGCUUGAACUGACCUCUAAAGGUCUGUAGUCCAACCUUCUACUAAAAGCAGGGGUAACUUCAAAGUUAGAUGGGGUUCUUUGGGCCUCAUCAACAUCCAUAGCACAUAAAAUGAUACUAAAGUCAGCAGGCAGAAACACAAUACUCAUGGGAAACAUAUCUGAGAUUAAACUAUUCUCAUUAUAAUAAAACUACUCUGUGUGUCAUUGGAAAAUAUUAAUAAUGGAGUACAAGAAAUGUGGUUAGCUUGCAUUAUUUUAAAGUUCUGGAUGAUAUGUGACUGAACUGUACAUGUUUAAUAAUCUUAUUCCAUACUUUUUAAGGUUCUUAAUUGUUUCAAAAUUAUACUCAAUUUUUGAGGUGGCAAAUUUUAUUAUUAUUUUGGAAGAACUAGGGCUAGAGAACUUGCUAUGUUUCUCCCAAAGACUGUCUCUAGCAUGUGUUCCCCCACCACUGGCUAUCAGUUUGUUUCAGGGAAUAUGAUUUUUUAAAAAAACCACAUACCUGUUCUAGGUGCAUACUGUAGAAGACUAUUUUAUAUAUAUUUCAAUAUAUAUUAUUGCCAUCUGGAAAAUAAUAAGUAGCAUGCUAAUUCUACUUUGCUCCAGAAAACCUAAACCUUUGCAUGAUGGAAUUAAGUACUGCUCUCAUAUUGUUCAUCUGUUGCUGAGAACCAAGAUAUUUAGGAAUUCAUUAUUUUGCUUUCAAUGAUGUCAAAAAAACCCUCUUUUUGACCUCAGGUGAAUGAGGUUCAGGACUUGUCUAUAAUAAUGCAUGUACUAGAAAUGCUAUUUUUCCAAUGUAUAUAUUUCGUAGUUUUCUAGUUUUAUUCUAUUAAUAACAUUGUACAAUUGUAGGAAAGACAAAUUACAGCUAGAAAGACCUCAAUUUAGGAGUCAUAAUUGUAUGCAUUCUGUUAAUAUUUCAUGACUGGGGUGAUUUAACAUUUUUACAUUGAUGGAUGACAUUCUUGCCAGGACUACAUAGGAACUGAGGACAAAAGAUAAAAUGAGAAGUAUUGCAGCUUUAUUACAACAGAUGAUUCUCUGGAAAUGGGCUUUUAGAUCUGAAAUCAAAUAUAAUUAGAAGCUUUCAUCUCUUGCAGAAAAUCCAUACUGAUUUUCAUCUUUCUCUCUUGAACAAAAGCUUUGUGUGAUUUUUUUUUUUAAAUAAGCUUUAAUGUUCAACUUUGGAAGAAAUACAGCUCAAAUGUCUUCUUUUGCUAAUUUAAAACCUACCUGCUUCCCAUUGACAACUACUGCGUGUUUAAAGAAGCUAAACCUGUCACAGAGAGAAGUGAUUUAUCUAGAACUGGUUAACAGCUGGGGAAAAAUACUGAGUUUGGUAAUUUUUUUACAAAUCUGUUUUUUUACAUUUGAUAACUAAAACCAGAAGAAGUCAUGUAGAGCAGGUGUGCACACAUACCUGUUUCUUUCUGGGAUUUGACCUUCCUUUCAUACUUCUCUUUGCAAUCUGCACUGUGUGCUCCAUUAAGCCACAGUUCUGCAAACACAGAAGUGAAUCCACAGCCACAUCUGCAGAGUGGCUUUCAGCUUAACAUUCUCUUUUCAGAGAGGGUAAUGGAGCUGACACUGGGGGCAAGCACUGUGCAUACUUGUGUUUUUAUACAGUACUCAGCUUAAUGAGGUUCUAAUCCUGAUGAACCAUCUAGAUGCAGUUAAAGUAUGAAAUAAUUAAUAACAGAAUUCCAUUAAAUUCCCUCCCUGUUCUCCUUAAAUGGUUGCUCAGAAGACUGUCCAGUUUGAGAAAUCAAAGUCCUAAGAACCUAACUUUUUGCAUUACAUGCAACAGAAGUUCUUUCUCUAUUGCACUGUAAAAUAUGAAUACAUGUCUUCAGUAACUCAAACCUCAAUAUCCAGAGGGGCUGGCUAUAAUUCAGUAACUGGAUACAUUUAACAGGGACACUGAUGGUCAAAACAGGAUUUGUAUUCUUACAGCUCAUGACUUAACUGGACUAGUGUGUAUUCUGGUGAACCUGAACAACAUGCACAAAUUUGAGCCCAAUUACCCAGGUAGUCCAUCACUGUGUAUUUAUGCACUCAGUGACAGUGACUGCUCUUUCUCAGCUCCCACUGAAGGUAGUGUGAGUGAUAUCAGAUGCAUGUUUACGAAGAUCACGUUAUUUAUGUGUCUGGACAGAAAGGCUAGUUACUGGAGUAAAAAUUUUGGCCCAUGUACCUUAAAUGCAUAAAACGUUUUUGAGCCUGAUCUCACCAACUUAAUUCAACCUACAAUAUCCUCACCUAUGCAAUCCUUAUGUAGGAGUUCUUGCCAUUUUCUUACAGUUUUGCUUAAUGAAAUAAUUUUUGUUCUUCACUUUUUUUUUUAACAACCCUCUUUUGAGUGUGGCAUGACAUCCUGCCAGUAGAGUUAUAUCAGUGUGCUUAAGAUCAAUACAGAUAGGAUAAACUCUGUGUACAUGCCAGAUUCAGUGUAGGUAACAAAAGCUUUGUGUGACUUUCAUAAAAUCAAGUAAUAUCCACAAACAAGAGACCCACCUCUAAGUCUAACUUCCUGCCUAUAACAAAAUCUCCUCCUGUAUCUGUAGAGAAAAAAAACCCUUCAAUCUCUAUUUUCUGGAUUAUCAUAUUACAUUAACCUUGGUUACUAGAACAUACGUAUAAUGGGAUGCAUAUGAAGAAAAGUUUGAGUCACUACCUGUAUCCACGGCUUUAUGGUCCUAGCAUCUUUUGACCACUCAGUCCUGUGGAGGGGAGGAUGUUAAGCUCUCAAACCGAAUGCUUGCAUGUUUCCCACCUGCUUGUUUUCCACACCUAGAUAAUGAGCUUGGGCCUGAGUAAUCCUAUUUUGAAAUUAUUUCUUGUCAACACAGUGUUCUAUUUCAAAAAUAUCUGUAUGGUUGCAUAGUCCCACAACCCUUCUUCCCCAUGCUACAUACUCAAGGUUCUUAGUUGAUUUCUGUACGACAGAAAAUAAUAAAUCCUAUGUGUAAGUUAAA